CCCACUACAAAUCCCCAUCUCACCUCUCUCACUCUCUCACCUCAACCAUUUCCAACCCAAGCAGAGCAGCCACUGUGCUUGAAAGCCAAAAGCUUUAGCGACUUUAAGCGCAAUGGCUCUUACCACCGUGGCUGAGAAAUGCGAAGCUCCGAUCACUCGCGCGGCGGCGAAGCGGAGAGCUCAGUCCGUUUUGGUCGAGGACAAGCAAUGGGCCACCAAGAAAAGGGCCGUGCUUGGAGAGCUUACCAGAUUGACAAACGCCGUCGAUAACGUCAUUGAUUUGGGCAACAACAUUCGUGGGGUUGCGCCGCCGCAGAAACCCAAAUUGGAAACCAAGAAGAAGGCUGUGAAGGCGGCGCGUGACGAUGAGGACCCUCAGCUUUGUGGGGCCUAUGCUGCUGACAUUUAUGCCUAUCUCCGCCGUAUGGAGGUGGAACCGAAGAGAAGGCCAUUGCCUGAUUACAUGGAGAAGAUUCAGAAGGAUUCUAUCAAUGCAAAUAUGAGAGGUGUUCUUGUGGAUUGGUUAGUGGAGGUUGCAGAUGAAUAUGAGCUCCUUCCGGAGACUCUUCAUCUGGCUGUGUCUUAUGUUGAUAAGUAUCUCUCCAUGAAUGUGGUGUUAAGGAGUGAGCUUCAGCUAGUCGGAGUGGCCUCGAUCUUCAUUGCCUCGAAGUAUGAAGAGAUUGAUCCUCCAAAUGUGGAUGAGCUUUCUGACAUUACUGAAAAUACAUUCACUAAACAACAGGUGAUCAAGAUGGAGGCUGAUAUACUACUAUCUCUGAAAUUUGAAAUGGGAAAUCCCAAUGUUCGUACAUUCUUGAGAAAAUUCAUUGAUAUUGCCCAAGAGAGUUACUACAAAAAUCCUAAUUUGCAGUUCGAGUCUUUGAUUUACUACCUCACAGAUCUAAGUUUGGUGGAUUACAAACUUGUGAAGUUCUUGCCUUCUAUUAUAGCAGCAUCGGCUGUAUUUCUAGCGAGAGUUAUUAUUACUAGAUCAAAAAUGAAUCCUUGGUGUCCAGCACUGCAAGAAUAUACUGGUUAUAAGGCAGUGGAUUUGAGAGAAUGUGUUCUUAUCAUUCACGACUUGUACUUGGGUAGACGUGGCGGAUCUUUGGUAGCUGUACGAGAUAAAUACAAACAAAUUAAGUUAAAAUGUGUGGCAAAAAUGCAUUGCCCUUCACAGUUACCACAUUCCUUGUUUUGAAGCUGUGAAAACAUGAAAGAUUGGAAGAAAGAUUUUUGUGGCAAGGGUUUGUCCAAUAUUAUUGGAAGAUCUGGCUUUAGAGUAUGCAAAAUGUCAAGCUGCCUAACUGUGAAGGCUGGUAAAGUGACCAAAGCUGUUGGUGGGGAUGGGGAUAAUGAACUUCAAUCUGCCUUCAGACCAUCUUGAAGGGUUCCACAAUUCCACGAAACUUCUGCCAGCUUAGCACCAGAUUGACCUUCUGUAUUUUGAGCUGCUCCUAUACAUUUCCUUUAGCUAACUCUGAUUUAUAUGUGAAUUUCUGGGUAUGGUUCAGUAGUGGAACAAGUGAGCCUAUGCAAACAAAAACAGUCAGUGGCACCCAUUACACGCCAUCUCCCAUUGACAAAAGCUGCGGACAAUAAUGCUCUUAAGUUAUAGUUAUUAUUAGCUUUACUGUGAUUUUGUAGACUGUUUCAUAGGUAUGGGUGACUGGGUGUAUUCAUGCAGUGAACUCACAUGCAGAGAGCUGAAUGCAAAUUUGCAAGUUAUCUCUA